CCCUUCGACUGCUCGGACUGCGGCAAGAGUUUCAAGACGGCGGAUGUCCUGGAGACCCACCGGCGGUUGCACACGGGCGAGAAGCCCUAUGGCUGCUCCACAUGUGGCAAGAACUUUGCCUUGUUGUGUAGGCUACGGCAGCACCGGCAGUUGCACACGGGCGAGAAGCCCCAUCGCCCCUACACCUGUAGCGACUGCGGCAAGGGCUUCACCCAGUACAGCGGCCUUCAGAAUCACCAGCGCACCCACACCGGCGAGCGCCCCUACACCUGCGCCCAGUGCGGCAAGGGCUUCACCACCUCCACCAACCUGCUGGUUCACCAGCUCACCCACACCGGCGAGCGCCCCUACACCUGCGCCCAGUGCGGCAAGGGCUUCACCCAGUCCUCCAACCUGCUGGAGCACCAGCGCACCCACACUGGCGAGCGCCCCUACACCUGCGCCCAGUGCGGCAAGGGCUUCACCAACUCUGGCUCCCUGCAGAGGCACCAGCGCACCCACACCGGUGAGCGCCCCUACAUCUGCGCCCAGUGCGGCAAGGGCUUCGCCCAGUAUGGCAGCCUGCAGAAGCACCAGCUCACCCACACUGGCGAACGCCUCUUCACCUGCGCCCAGUGUGGAAAGGGCUUCACCCUCUCCACCACGCUGCUGGUGCACCAGCGCAUCCACACCGGCGAACGCCCCUACACCUGCGCCCAGUGUGGCAAGGGCUUCACCCAGUCCUCCAACCUGUAUAGGCACCAAAGCACCCACACCGGCAAGCACCCCUACACCUGCGCUCAAUGCGGCAAGGGCUUCCCCACCUCCACCAGGCUGCUGAAUCACCAGCGCUCCCACACUGGCGAGCGCCCCUACACCUGCGCCCAGUGCGGCAAGGGCUUCACCAACUCUGGCUCCCUGCAGAGUCACCAGCGCACCCACACCGGUGAGCGCCCCUACACCUGCGCCCAGUGCGGCAAGGGCUUCACCAACUCUGGCUCCCUGCAGAGGCACCAGCGCACCCACACCGGCGAGCGCCCCUACACCUGCGCCCAGUGCGGCAAGGGCUUCACCCAGUAUGGCAGCCUGCAGAGGCACCAGCUCACCCACACUGGCGAACGCCCCUUCACCUGCGCCCAGUGUGGAAAGGGCUUCACCAUCUCCGCCACGCUGCUGGUGCACCAGCGCACCCACACCGGCGAACGCCCCUACACCUGCGCCCAGGGCGGCAAGGGCUUCAUCUGCUCCACCAGGCUGCUGUCCCACCAGCGGGUUCACACCGGUGUCAGUCCCGUCCCCAGCCCGGUGUGUGGAGAGCACUCUGCCAUGGACUCCCACUCCAUGUGUCACCAGCACGUGCACACCAGUUGGGAUCAGCUGCUCGCCGAUGUGGGCCCGCCGGUGAUGCCGUAA